AGUUGGAAUUAUUUCAAACUGCUCAAGAAAUUUAUAUCCCUAUAAAAACCAAGCUCCCCCAGCUCCAUUCAAACACGAACAAACAGCCAUUCCCUAAAAUCUUUUGAUCGAUCGAUCGCUGCUUUGAGUUUCCAUUGAUCAUCAGAUUCCCAGCAGCACAUCGUCAUUAUGACCGGUGGAAUGGGAUGUGUGCAGUGCGGCACACGUAGCAACCCAUGUAGGUGCAAGGUGCUGGGGCCUACCCUAGGGUGUGUAGCCUUUCUCGCAGCUGCCAUUGUUGAAUGGCCUGUUGGGGCUUUUGUUUACUUGUUCAAGCACGUCAAGGGGAGAAGAAUCAUGGCUCAUCCGGCCACUGUUGUUUAUCCGAAGGUCUCUAGAGCCAUUCCAAUUUGAUGCAAAAAUUAAUCAAAGUUUUUUUGGUUAAUCUUAAUUUGUGUGUGUAAAAGCUUACUAGUAAUAUGUAUAAGCUUUGUCUAUGUCUGCAGUUUCAAUCUGCUUAUCAUUAAUAACAGCACAGUUUAUUUCCUAAUC